AUGAAGCACACAAAUUUUCUAUUCGCUACUAUUCUGCUCAUUGUUUUUGCAGUUCUUACGAUUCUCGCUUCAAUUUUUUCGGUUUUUAAUGAAAUUGAAAACUUUGAAAUUACUUCCCUUGAAGAUCUGAAAACAUUUGAAAAAUAUUCCGAUGAUGCGUGGAAUUUGAUAACUGAAUCAAUUAGAGAAAAACGGGCAGUCUAUAGAAUCAAAUUACCACCACGUCAUGGAUAUGGGCAGCCAAGAUAUGUUACCAUUCCACCAACCAAUUCUUAUGCUGUUCCAGAAGUUGGAGGUAGCAUGCCAUUGAUCUGUCCGGAAGGACCCCCGGGACGUCCUGGUCAUCCUGGCCACCCUGGUGAAGACGGCUCAGCUGGACAACCUGGAAGCCCCGGAGGAGUCGGCGUAUUGCUAUCAAUGAAGCUACCAUAUAAUGGGUGUAUUCAAUGUCCAAUGGGACCACAAGGACAACCUGGAAGGCCAGGAUUAAUGGGACAUCCUGGAGAUGUGGGUGUUACUGGAAUGGAUGGAAUUCCUGGAGGGAGAGGUCUUCCAGGAUAUCCAGGAAUGCCAGGAGACAAUGGAUCGGGCGGAGCUAAUGGGCAUGAUGGAGCAACUGGGCAACCAGGCAGAUCAGGAACCAGAUCAUAUGGAUCACCAGGACCUGCCGGAUCCCCUGGAAGAGUCGGGAGAGGGGGACCGCCUGGUCCAGAUGGCGGUUAUCCCAUGUCUGGGGAGCCUGGGUCUUCUGGGCCGCAAGGAAAAGCAGGUCAACCGGGUGGACCUGGAGUCGAUGGGCAUCCUGGAAGGCCUGGUGGCAGUGGUCGUCCUGGGCCGGAUUCUGGAUACUGCAAAUGCCCACAAAGAGGAAAAACUGACGAGUUUUCUAAUUACAAUACGAAGGCAUCCACGCCAACAGAGAAACCCGAAGCAUCUUCGGACUGGAGACGAGUUAGAAAAGUUAAAGUGUCUGCAUAG